AUGGGUGAUGUCUUAUUCCUGUUAAACUUGAAUGUGAUGUUAAAAUUAACUCAAAUGGGAAUGGAUAAUCAUGCUCGUUCCAGUGGCGCUAUUAAUCCGAUAGGUAAAAAGAAGGCUGCAACUGAACGUUCGUUCGAUUUUUGCCACGAAAAAAAAAACCACAGUCGGUGGGAAAUCAAGACAUUGAUUACCGGGAGUGCAGAUAUUGAGAGCGGAGCACAACUUUUCACUUUCAAUUUCUAUUCCCCUGCUAGAGCUAUGGAUUUUUCUUUUGGUGAUAAGCUUGCUGUAAUCACCACUGACCCUUUUAUGGGUUUAACUUUUAUCCACGUACAACGCAUUGCCGGUGACCCUGUGAGUAGAGAAAGGAACUUUAAUGCAUUGGAAAAUGCUAAGCUCCUAAGAUACUUUGGGGUGAUCAAUAAAAACCUUGAGUUCAGCAAACUAAUUCACACUCGUUUUAUAGUGUCUAAUCAAGAUACUAUACAGGAGAAUCAUGCUCUGAUCGAUCUUUACUCAAAAAGUGAAGCACUGGGAUCUGCAGGCGCUCUAACGUUAGGGCAUUUCCAAAAUGGGUCUGCUUUUGAAGUUCUUAGAUUGUUUAAAUCAAUGGUUUCGGAUCAUGAUGAGUCUUGCCCACCUAACGACUACAUAUCUGGAUUAGUGCUUUCGUCUUGUUUAAAUGUUAGGUUCCUUUUAUUAGGCAGGCAGUGUCACGGGUACCUUUUGAAAUCUGGAUUAGUGUUCAAUCAUUACGUGAAAACUGCGCUUGUACGCUUGUAUUCCCUGUUGUCGGAUGUCAUUGGGGCUAUGGAGGUUUUACUUUAUUGUAACCCUGGAUUGCAAUCGGACACCUGCAGUUAUAAUCUGAUCUUGAUCGGACUUGUCGAGAAAGGUUACUUGGAUGAGGCGUUGAUUAUGUUAAGGAGAAUGUUGGCUGAAGAAGAUAUGUUGUGGAACAAAGCUACUUAUAUUGGUGUUUUUGGUCUUUGUGCUCUCCUUAAAGAUUUAAACUUGGGGAGGCAAGUUCACAACAAGCUGUUAAAGAGCUAUCAUUUUGAGCCCGAUGAGUCUGUAUGCAGCACAAUGAUGAGUAUGUAUGUAAAAUGUGGAGAGAUUUUAAGUGCAAGAAAAGUCUUUAACAGGUUUGAACCUCGAAACAAUGUGGUUAUAUGGACAGCAAUGUUGGCUGCUUACUUGGAACAUGGGUGUUUCGAAGAGUCGUUCAAAUUGUUUGCAGUAAUGCGACAUAAGGAUGUUGUCCCAAACGAAUCUACAUUUUCUGUUGUACUCACUGUUAGUGCAGAGUUAUUCUCUAGGAGAUGCGGAAGUAUGUUACAUGCACUUACAGAGAAGACUGGGUUCAAGGUUCAUAAGAAUGUCGAGGAUGCCUUGAUUAACAUGUACUCAAGGACUGGCGACAUUAAAGCUGCUGAAAAGGUGUUUUUAGGUAUGACUAAUUAUCGUGAUGUUACAACGUGGAACACGAUGAUAAAUGGAUACUGCUAUCAUGGCCUUGGUAACGAGUCAUUGGCUUUGUUUCAAGAAAUGUUGAGAUCGGGGGAAGAUCCUAAUGAUGUGACUUUUUUCGGUGUUCUGAGUGCAUGUGGGCAUGCGGGGCAUGUGGAACAAGGGUUCUACUAUUUGUACGAGUUAAUGAAACAGAAGGGUGUCAAACCUGGUUUAGACCACUAUAUGUGUAUCAUUAACAUGCUAAUCAAGGCAGGGCAACUGAAUGAAGCUUUAAGUUUCAUCGUAUCAACGCCAAGCAAGUGGGAUGUCUUUGCUUGGACUGCCUUGCUCAAUGCUUGUCGUGCUCAUGAUCUAGGCAUCCGAGUUGCAGGGUUGAUCCCUGAUGAUGUGGCGACCAAGGUGAGUGAAGUGAUGGAUAUAAAAAAAGAAAAGCGUGGGGUGAGCUGGUUGGAAAUCGAGGAUAAAACAUAUGCAUUUGCAUCGGUGAAAAAGGGAGAUCCAAGAUUUAUCGAGUAUGAUGUACUAAUGAAGAUUAUUUUUGCUACCAUUAGAUCUUUUUCUAAAAAUCCUGAUAUUGAUGUUGUGGAUGAAAUGAAGGGAGAUAUCUAUGGUUAUCUCAGUGAGGAGAUUGCAGUAUCUUAUGCCCUAAUGAACACACAUGUCAAGGCACCGAUAUGUGUCAUAAAGAAGUCAGGGAAGAUCGAUGGUGGUUGCCACACUCUUAUGAAACUACUCUCGGAGGUCACAGUUAGGUCGAUUACGGUGAGAGAUGCCUACCAUUUCCAUCACUUCAAGGGUGGAAGAUGCUCCUGUGCAGAUUUUUGGUGA